AUGUUUGGUGGUGGUGGUGGUGGUGAUGAAGGUGAAGUUGGUGGUUGUUGUAGUGGUGGUGGUGGGGAUGGCUGUUGUGGAGGUGGUGGUAACAAUGGCAGCAUGGUGGUGGUUGUGGUGGUGGUGGUGGUGUUGGUUGUGGAGGUGGUGAUGGAUGUGGAGAUUUUGGAGGAGAUGGUGAUGGUGGUGGUUGUAGUGGUGGUGAUGGUGGUGAUGGUGGUGGUUGUAGUGGUGGUGGAGGAUGAGGUGGUUGUGGAGGUGGUGGAUGAGGUGGUGGUUGUGGUGGUGGUGGCGGAGGAUGAGGAGGAGGAGGAUGUGGUGGUGCUGGCAGUGGUUGUGGAGGUAGUGAAUGUGGUGGUGCAAGUGUUGGAGUUGGAAGUAGAAGUGAAGCUUCUUUUAAGAGCAACUCAGAGCCUGCUUUUAAAAGCUGCUGUCAAAAUACCACUGCUUUUAAAAUAA